GACAGGAAAAGGACUGUAGGUUAUACCUAAUUUAAAUACAAAGAAAAUUUUGCAUGUGCACAAUUAUUUUUUUAUAUUUGUAGUUAUAGAAUUACUGGAUGUUUUCAAAAGAUAAUACGAUAGAUAGUAUAUCUUGUAAUAAACAUAUGAAUACAGGAAAAAAACAUAAACAUUGGUUUAGUUUUAUACAAGAUUCUACAUAACAAAAUUGCAAAUAUGUAUAUGAAAAACGAUCGGAUGCAUUGAAUGAGGCGAUAGUUUAUGGAAGGCUUAAAACGAUCUUGUCUAUCUGCUGUUUAUAGUGUUGACAGUUUGUCCGUGAACUAUCUACUGUUUUCAACUUCAUUGAAAAGAAGUACACUUUACACGAAGAAGACGCCCCUUUCAAAAAAAAAUAGUUUUCACUUAUUACCUUGGUUUAAUGACUACAUUCGGGAAUAGAAGUGUGUAAUAUAAGUAUUUACUACUUAUAUCCAAACAUACAUAUGUAUACAUAUACAUAUGUGUGUGUAUCUACAAAUAACUGCAUUUUACUUUAUUCAUGUUCAAAUGUAUGUCACUAGCAUUUCCGGUAUGAAUUGGUUCAUUCCAUUCAAACACAUCUCAACAUUUUUUUAAGUGUACGCAGGUCAUUUACGCGGAAAGCUGCCAAGACUGAACAACCAACGAAAACGUCAACAUAUAUGCGCAGCUAACUAAAAACCUAUCAAAACAACUGCAAACACAACAAAAUUGCGAAUAACAUGCUUAGUUACAUAUACUAACAAUGAACGAAAAUAAAAACGAUAUUUAUUCACAUCCAUAUGCAUGUAAACGAAUUACCAUAAAUCGCUUAUGCAGCAACUGCAAACGCCCAUUUCAUUAGCGCCAAUCGAUUUUAAUCUCACAGCGCAACCGCACACGCUAAUAAACCGAGGAAUCAUGGAAUGGACCAACGAUGAAGCUCUUGAACUAAUCGAGCAAUAUCGCAUCCAUACUGAAUUGUGGAAUCGUGCUGAUCCCAAGUACAAAGAUAAAUUAUGUCGCUUCCGAGCGUGGUCAGAAAUAGCGGAACGUUUUGGGUGCAGCAAAGCUGAGGUGGAACGGAAGAUGAAUGUGUUACUUACACAAUAUAGACGGGAGAAACACAAAAUGCUUAUUAAAUUAUACCAGGGAAUUCAGCCGAAUCCGUCAAAAUGGUACGCGUUCAAAAGGUUCGAUUUUAUGGAGGCUGGUGGCGGCAGCAGUUCAUCGAGCAGAUCGGGCACAAAUGGUCACACAUCAACGUCAACGGCUGCAAGUUUAAAUGGCCUUAACUCUUACGAAACCAUAACAGCAGCGGCGCAGCAGACAACAAGUGCAGCCGUUGCGGUGGCAGCGACGACUGCAAACGCCGCGCCGAGCACUUCUCAACAUCGGCGCAUGAAGAAAGAGAUGAAGUAUUUUGGUGCGAUGGGCAUAAGCCUACCGAUGCUGAUAGCCAGUAACACGGCAUUGGAUACAUGGAACACUGUUGGCCAAUAUUCACCGCCAAUCGAUAACGAUCGAAACCCGUUGCGAGUUCCUUUACCUAUGCCCUUCCCAAACUCGCAAAGUGAAAUGAAUGUGGCAAGCAGUGCAACUCGUAGCCUUUUCGGUGGAAGUAGUAACAGUGAUAUAACCGCCAGUCCUCAAAAGCCAAUGGAAUCCUCAGAUAUUGAAGACAAAGACGAGAUCUUAACAAAGCGUGAACGCUCAACACCGUCCAGUUUACACAACGUAAGUGGAAGCAGCGACGUCGGAGCUCAUGUCAGUUGCGUUGGUAAUACCACUAUAACUGAAAGAUGCAACAGUGAUAAUACCUGUGGUAUUAGCGGGCGUACCGGUGUAGAGGGAGCCAUCGCUGAACCCAUCGAUGGAGGUUCUAGUCCUAUAUCUAAUAUUAUUGAAUCACACGAAAAGCGGCGCCGUACUACGCGUGACCAUGAGGAGUUAGACAUAAAGCGAGAACUUGUAGAUUACUUUCACCCCCCUCAUCCUCCAGCUCCGCCCGAUUCCCAUCGUUCAUAUAGCUCUAUUGAUGAGAACCGAAUCGGAGGGGCUGACCCAGAUGAUUUUGCACAAGAUUUGCGCGUAAGUGCGGCAGCUGCCGCUGCGGCUAAAGGUAUAAACUUCAGCCAAUUUGUACUACCACGGAAUUUACGCCACUCAUCCGAGUCGAUAGAUGAGAAAUUUGCUCCACUAAAUAUGCGUAAACUGAGCUCAGUAUCGGCAACAGCCUCAACCGCAGGGCAAAUGCUUAUGAAUUCCUUACUAUCUAACGAAAGUUUAUCAGAAGAGACUGCCACAAGCACUAGUGGACGCAUCAAAAGCGCAUCCCAGGAUGCUGCAUCCACAUCUGCGGCAGCUGCUGCAGCUGCUAUUUAUGCUGAAAGUCUGAAUAAAGAUGAUUGCGAUUUCAUUGGGUCGAAUGUUACACUAAAACUCCGAUCGAUGGACCGCACCCAAAGAAUCAUAGCCGAAAAGUUAAUAAGUGAAGUUCUUUUUUAUGGACAAUUCAACGAGCUUGAACGAAAUGCUCACAUCCAACCUAAGUGACAGCAGCUAACAAUGUUACGUAAGGGUUUCUAAAUAUAACGAAAACACAGAACAGAUUAUGUUUCCUAACAAAUUUAUACCAAAAAAAAAAGAUUUUCACAAAAGGAACGUAUUGAAAAGAGAAGUAGUUCUUCUGUUUGGCUCUCCUCCUGGUAAUCGAAUAAUCUAUCAUAAUUCCCUGUUUGUUUAAAUGCAUGUAUUGUUUUUAUAAAAUCAUGGUAUUUAAGAAUUAACCCUUAUAAAAUUAUACAAAAAUCCUUGCAGUACAAAUUCAAAUAUAGAUACAUAAAUUAAUUUACUUGAACAGAUUUAUUUAUAAUUUCUUACGAUGGAUAUGAACUGUGUCCUUAAAACUUUUUAAUUAUGUAAAUUCUCUCGGUAUUCAAUUCACAAGUUGGGGAACAGAUUUUCAUUAAGUAUUUUGACGUUACGUCGAUUAAUUAUAAUGCAUCGAUGUUUUUUAUUUUACUAGUUCAUCCCACGCAAAUUAACAUUGAAAACAAUAAGUGCUUUAAAUUAAUGCUCAGCAAGUAAAAGAAGUUUUUAAAAAUGUUGCCCGAUUGGUUAGGUACACGUAAAAACAAAAUUAUUCGCCAAAUGCACUCCUUUAUUUAAAAAUUUAUAAUUAGUUACUCAUAAAUUUCCUUUUCGAGACCUCUCAGCAUCUCUCAACUCAGAUUUGAAUGCUUAUAUGUAUGUACUAUAUUAUUUUAUAGAAGGAUAUUAGAUCUGUUGCAAGUGUAAUCAGUUAUCUAGUCACGAAUAUGUCAGUGUGAGUGUUAGAAAUUCCAUUUUUUAACGGUUUCAUAUAUUUAAUGAUAUUGAAAAAAUAUGCUAAGCCAGCAAAAAGGAACAAAAUCAAUUGAAAUGAAUUCAAAGAAUUAUGUACCUCGCUUAUUUUUCAGUCAUCUUUUUAAUACAAAAUCGAACCUAUAUACCUUUAACUAAAACAAAUAUACAUUGUAUGAGGAGUUAACACAUACAUACAUACAAAUAAUAAAGUAAACCUUCAUGGAUAAGUACAUAAAAUGUAAUAGCAUUUUUACUAUAAGUAAAUUUCAAGUAAUUCUUGUACGUUUUAAUUUAUUUUUUUCCAAUGCAUAUGCUAUUAUUAUUGAUAUAUUUGUAUUUUAUUGAGAAUAUACACUAUUUAUAAGCAAUUUUUACAAUGCAAAAUACAAUAUCCUAAAUAUAAGCAAAGAAAAGUCCUAAACUUAAACAUGCAUAUGUAUACGUGUAAAAAACGUGGUACAUACAUACAUAUGUAUAUGUAUACAUAUACAUUGGUGUUAAAUUUAAACUUAUGUAUGUAUGUAGAGUGACUGAUAAAUAUCUGUGCCGGACCAUUCUUCAUAUAGUUAAAUUAAUCCAAUAGCAAUGUAAUUAAAAUUAAUAAAUCAAUGAGUUUUUUUUUAGGUUUUCAAAAAAAAA